UUACUUUUCUUAUCUACCUAUUGUUACUACUGUCUUUUGUUGUUUCUUUGUAGCUUCCAAAAAAAAAUUAGAAAUUAAAUAGCAUUCAUUGCGAGUUUUAAUCAAGUAACUGAAAAGAUAGAAAAAGUAUUUUGGGUGAAAGUGCAACUCAAUAUACCUAUCUAUUUUGUAAACUAUUGUCUAUAUAAAGUUAAUAAGCCGCUUAUUCAAAGCAUUAUUAUAAACAGGUUAACCCAAAUUUGGGCUACUUGGUUGAAUCUCUUUUAAAAAAUAUCAGUACUUAAACGAGAAUUAUUCGGUUCAUUUUGUAAAUCUAUUAAGUUUAUAAGAUACAAUGACAUCAGAAACAGUAGCAACACCACCUUCAGUUUCCUGGGCACAAAGAAAUUCUCAUAUAUUAUUAACAUUUAAUGUAGAAUGUGUAAAACCAGAAAUCAACAUUGAAAGGAAAAUUGUAUCAUUUAAAGGUAUUUGUGCACCAGAUCAAAAAUUACAUAAAGUGGAAAUACAUUUAUAUGCUGAAGUUAAUCCAGAUAAAAGUACAUAUGACAACAAGGGCAGGUAUAUUGAUUUAACAUUAGUGAAAGAAAAAGUAGAUCAACCUUUCUGGCCUUCACUAACAAGUGACAAGAAGAAACAUCACUGGCUGAAAGUAGAUUUUAACCGCUGGCAAGAUGAAGACGAGAGCAGUGAUGAGAUUGAUGACAUGAAUGAUAUGUUUUCAAGUAAAUUAGGUGACUUUGGUGAUGAAAAUGAAACAGAAGACACCAGUUCUGCUGAAGAAGAAGAUCUUCCUGAUGUAAAGUAAUAGAUCCAAAGUAGAUAAUAGCAUUAUUACCAAAAAAUCUCAUGGGUCAGUCAACUUUAGGAAUUCAUCUUGCAUAUCUAGAUAUAUGUAAUAGUUCAGAAUAUUUCAUGAUUUAUACUGAACAGAUAUUACUUGGUAUUUUUAGUGAUAAAACUACAUUAAGAUAUUGAUACAAAAUGUGCUAAAAUCUGCAGUGAUUUGAGAUAUCUUUUAAAAAAUUUUGAUGAAAUUGAUAAAUCUUGUAACAUCUUAUGCAAUUAAUUUUAUUAAAAGUUAAUGAGUAUUUUCAAAUGCAGUUUUGGAAAUAGAUAUUUUAUUAUAUUA